CUAUCACUCAUUACACAGUGUGACUUUGUGCUGGAAGAACCUGAACUGCACUGACAUCAUACAGGGUUAGGACUUUGUUUUCUUGCUCUGUAGGUAUGAGGCUGACUCCAUGAGGAAUCUGCAAACCCCUGAGGAGGUCUACCAUUGAGUGUUUUUACGACACUUGGACUUCAAGAACCCCUGCUCUGAUUUGUGACUUCCCUUCUUCAAAACUCAGACAUGGUGCUGUGGACUGUCUUCCCCAUUUCGCUCUCCCUGGUGUCCUUCAUCGGAACAUGGAGUGUAUAUGCCCUGGCCCGUGCCAACAAUCAUGUGUGCUCUCUCAGUGACUGGGGGGUUGACAGCAGCUGCAAUGGAAAUCAGACCACUGGAUGUUGUUUUGCUCCCACUUUAAGCUCAAGUGGAUCCAGUGCGCCACAAAAUUCGCUAUUUACAGCCACAAUCAAUGCUGGAUCCUUUCUCUUUCUGCUGUUCUGUAUAUUCCACCAUGCCCACAUUAUGGAGAGACACUCAUGCCAUUCCAUGCUGAGCAAGGUUGCACUGGUCUUUGGUGUUGUUGCAGCGCUGGGGGCAUUUGCAGCUGGAAACUGUAAUCCAGGUUACCUAGCACUCCCUCACUACUUCGGAGCUGUCAUCAGUUUCAUUUGCAUCUGCUUCUACUCUGUCCUGCUCACUGCGCUGACCAAGAAGUGUGUGCUGUCAGGAUACGAGAAGGUUCUCUACCCGUUGCGCAUCACCUCCUGUGUGGUUCAAUCCAUCGUCACCAUCUGCCAUGUUGUCUUAUUUGCCCAGACUGAGUACUAUUACGUUCACUUGUCGGCUAUAUUUGAGUGGAUGCUCUCCGUCAACCUGGAGCUGUUUGAGCUCAGCUUCGCCGUGGAGUUUUGGUUCUUCUCGUCCUUCAUGCUCUCAAAUCUGUUGAACGAACGAGAGGAGGAAAAGCCUUUGAUGAUGACGAUGUCCUGAUAUGAGGCUGCCAGGGUCCAGCGGGAACACACAAGCAGUGAGGAUGGACUGAGUAAGACAUCUGUGGCUGGACCGUGGCUGGAGGACCAAUAACUUUUGACACCACUGCUGGGAUAGAUUUAAAGCCGUUUAUGGAUUAUGACCACUUGUUUUCCCACCCUCUUGAUAAUGUUGCCUAAAAUUAAUUUCCUUAACUGGGCGUUUCUGUUCCUUACACCUUACCUUAUUUCUUAUUCCUUAUUUAUUGAAACAAACUAGAUUGUAAAGCAAAUGAACAAAACAUAUCAGUCGCCUGCCACCAGAACAAUUAACCUGAUGAGUCACUUUCUAAAACACCUUAUUUAUGUAAAUCAGUGUUCUUUGUGCAAUUACUUUUUAUCAGAUGUUGAAAUAGUAAACAAUGAUGAAUUCCUCGUUAGGUACACUAAUAAGGACCGAAAAGUCAUGACAGUAUCACUGAUGUUAGAUUCACAUUAUGGUCCUUUAAUGGAUCUUAGCACAGGCAUUGUAGCUUUGGCACUUCAAUAAAAUCAUGACCACUGUACUCACUGAGAAGUCCUGUUGUUCUGCUGAUACACUGAUUUUACUCUGAGGCUCUAUCAGAAGGGUGGAGGACGCUGCAGUGCUCCCAGUUAGACAACUCCAUGACGUCACAAGAUCCUGUUCAACUGGAUGACUAAGUGACAGGCAUUAAAAACAGUGAAUUCAGUUACAGCAUGUACGAGAAAGAAGGACGUCAACACCUCGACAGGUUACAGAGUUUUUGGGUGUGGUCUCUUACAUGUAUGUUACAGUAGAGGGAGGAUUUCUAAAUAUAAUUCACUUUUAAAUCAAUAGUAGUAAUUUAUUACAUAUUGCAGUAAAAACACAUAUAUUAUGUAACAACCAAAAUGAAUGUCUUCAUUCAAGAGGGCCUAAAUUUGCAAUAGCUGCGACAACAGACAUGAAUACACCCACACAGUCAUGCUUACACACACACACUCCCCAUUUGUAUAAACAGUUAAUCAUCUGUCCUUUGGCCAUGACCCCUCUAUUCACAAAAUCUUGUACAACUGUGAAUCUAUUUGGAAGUUUUGCACCUUUUUGCUGUGUUCAUGCCGCCCAACUCUGUACGAAAACAAACACACACCUUCGUACAAACACACUUGACCUCCAUGCCAAAUUUUAGCCUCCUAGGACAAAAACCGAUGUCGCCAAAGGGUGGCAAAAUUUUUGUGGACUGACAAACGAGCUAUAGAGCUACUAGUGGCAUUGUAUUAAAAUCGUAAUAGCUGUAUAGCAUAUUUUCUAUGCGUGCUAGCAUGGAGCAUACUGACUCAACAUUCAAUAUUAGUUCUGUCAAAGCUACAUCAAGCGUCACUGUACUCCUUAGCUUAAAGGUCCAGCGUGUAAGAAUAGGUGGCAUCUAGCGGUGAGGCUGCAGAUUGCAUGUAUCUAGAUCCAGUGUUUGGUUGAUCUGCUCAAGCCUAAUGUAGAACAACAUGGUGGACUCCCUGUUCAUAGGAAUGGCUCCUAAUAAGAUAAUGGAAAAAGAGUUCUUAUUAUCAGCUGAAAAUAAACAAAAACAUAAUGAUGAAUAUUAUAUUUAAUUUCUGCCGUUAGAUGCCCCUAAAUCCUACACACUGGACCUUCAAUAGAAACUGUACACUUGGUUUUAAUGAGACAUUGAAACUGACACUGAAUGUUAUACUGACACACAUCAAGUUCAGCCCUGGCACUGAGCACUACUGAAAGCCCACUCCUACUUGACCUGAAAGGACUGGCAGGAGUGUGAACAUAUCUGUGAUGUAUUUUUGUCACACUCCAUGUAUUGAUUCAUAAACAAGCAGCACAGCCUGAUAUUCAGUUCUGUGGCUCACAGGAAGCCAGUGCAGUGACGCACGAAUCAGGGUGACGUGGUCUGACCUCAUGCUGCUGCAUUGUGAAAAGGUUGAAGCUUUUUAAUUGCAUUUUUGGGAAGACUUAUUCAAAAGACCACUGCAGUAGUCAACUCUGGUGGGAACAAAAGCAUGAAUGAAUGCUUUCAGGUCUGCUUUUGACAUCAGGUCCCUAAGUUUGGCAAUAUUUGUAAGAUAUUUGUAUUUGUAACCCAGGGUGGGGAGGCCCUUCUGUGUGGAGUUUGCAUGUUCUCCAGGUAAUCCAGCUUCCUCCCACACUGCAAACACACGCAGGUUAGGUUAAUUGGUGACUAAAUUGCCCGUAGAUGUGAAUGCGAGCAUAUAUGGUUGUCUGUCUCUGUGUGUCAGCCCUGUGAUAGUCUGACAACCUGUCCAGGGGGUACCUCGCCUCUCACCCAGUGUCAGCUGGGAUAGGCUCCAGCGCUCCUGCGACCCCCAACAGGAUGAGCGGUUACAGAAAAUGAAUGAAUUCCAGCUGUUUAUUACAAAAUGUGAAUGUUUUUCAAAAUUAAAUGGGAAUUUAUUACAAGCCAUGGGUGUCCUCCACUAAUAUAUUUUUUUCAUGCCGGUUGCUAGAACUGACUAGCAGGCUCAAGUGUUAUUUUUCCAUGAUUCAAGUUACAGUUUUGACACUACGAAACCAUUAAUGUCCACAAAACAACACAACACAGUUCCGGUUUUAAUGCAAAGCACUUAACCUUUACUUGAAAGAAGGUAAUAUACAUCCUGGAAUUACAGAUAAUAAAAGAUACAUUAUGAGCAAAAUCAUUUCACAAUGAAUAUCAUCUUUCCUUUUGCAUCAACCAAGAGAGGAGUGCGACAUUAUCUACAGUUUUUGUUAGGAAGAAAACAGUGAAAAGCACACCUAAUUCUGUCAGCAUCUUUACUUUAUGGUACACUGUAAAAAAUGUCAUCUAUAUGCAGUAGUCCACAUUAUUGACCUUAAUAACAAAAAAAGGAGAAAAAAAAAACAAUUUGAAAAAACACAUAUUUCAUGGUUGUCUUUCAACUAAGUAAUUCAACUGCAAUGCAUACAUUAUAAAUAAAUGUAAGGGGAAGAGGAAAAAAAAA